UAAAAAGGCCCUCGUCGUCGUCUUCGAAACCCUCUGGUUCCUGCGAUUCGCUACGCUUUGAGAAGAUGUCGACGCUGACGUUUCCCCCUUCGCUUCCGCCGCCGGCCGAGGACAGCGAGCGGCUUCACAUAGCCAUCCAAGGAUGGGGCACCGACGAGGGCUUGAUCAUCUCCGUCCUCGCCCACCGCCCUUCCCGCCACCGCCGCGAGAUCCGUCGCACGUACGGUGAGAUCUACGGUGAUGACCUACUCAAGUCGCUCGACAAGGAACUCACCCGGCACUUCGAGAGAGCGGUGAUGCUGUGGAUGCUGGAGCCAGCUGAGAGGGACGCUAUGCUGGCGAACGAAGCCGCGAUGAAAUGGAACCCCAGCAACCGGGUAUUGAUCGAGAUAGCGGUGGCGAGGACAGCGGAUGAGCUGUUUGCAACCAGGAGGUGGUACCAAACUCGAUUCAAGCGAAGUCUUGAGGAGGAUGUUUCCGCGCAUACUCAUGGGGAUUUCAGAAAACUCCUUGUACCACUUGUAAGCUCAUACCGCUAUGAAGGAGCUGAAGUUAACAUGGCCUUGGCAAAGUCAGAGGCGAAGAUACUGCAUCAGAAGAUAAAGGAUAACGAUUGCAGUCAUGAAGAAGUAAUUAGAAUCCUUACUACGAGGAGCAAAGCACAACUUUCUGCAACAUUCACUGACUACAAAAAUGAGUUCGGUAAUCCAAUCAAUAAGGACUUGAAGUCUGAUCCAAAAGAUGAGUUCCUUUCGGCGCUGAGGGCGAUCAUACGCUGCAUUGCACACCCUGAACGAUAUUUUGAGAAGGUCAUACGUCUUGCUAUGAACAGAGUUGGUACAGAUGAGGAGGCCCUUACUAGAAUCAUAACUACUCGAACUGAAGUUGACAUGAGGCUAAUAAAAGAGUUGUAUUAUAAACGCAACAAUGUGCCACUUGAUCGCGCGAUACAGAAGGACACUAGACGAGAUUACAAGGAUUUUCUGCUCGCAUUGAUUGGGCAUGGAGAUGCCUGAGUUUUUGCACGUUAUAUUAUCGAUUCUAGCACUAACUUAGUGCUAGGCAUGAAUAAUAGUUUGACGUGAUCUAAGCGAAUCCUGAGAUGCUUUGGCUUUUUUAUUUUCGUGCUUGUAGGAUCAAACUUUGCAAUUCGUAUGCUAUGAUGUUUGUCAGCGUUUGUCUUGUCAUUUUGUCUAAGCAUUAUGAUAUCUACGAGUGUUUGACUGAUCUUUUUGUCUAA